AAGGAAGUAAGUUCCUGGCCUGCUGCGCAGCCCGCGGCCCCGAACUCCUGCGUCUGACAGCGUCGCGAUUACCCCUCCGCACCAAUUCUCUCCGUGAUGGACAAUGCCGGUGAGUCGCCCACAGACAAAAGUGGAGAGACAGGGGAGUCGGACGAGACGGCCACUGCUCCCGGAGGCCCGGGGGCUACCGACACGGACGGAAUCCCGGAGGAAACUGACGGAGACGGGGAUGCGAACUUGAAAGAAGCCGCAGCGGAGGAAGGCGAGCUCAAGAGUCAAGACGUCUCAGAUUUAACAGCAGUUGAAAGGGAAGACUCAUCAUUACUUACUCCUGCAGCCAAAAAACUGAAAAUAGAUACCAAAGAAAAGAAAGAGAAGAAGCAGAAAGUGGAUGAAGAUGAGAUUCAGAAGAUGCAAAUCCUGGUUUCUUCUUUUUCUGAGGAGCAGCUGAACCGUUAUGAAAUGUAUCGCAGGUCAGCCUUCCCUAAGGCAGCCAUUAAAAGGCUGAUCCAAUCCAUCACCGGCACCUCUGUGUCUCAGAAUGUUGUUAUUGCUAUGUCUGGUAUUUCCAAGGUUUUCGUCGGGGAGGUGGUAGAAGAAGCACUGGAUGUGUGUGAGAAGUGGGGAGAAAUGCCACCACUGCAACCCAAACAUAUGAGGGAAGCUGUUCGAAGAUUAAAGUCAAAGGGGCAAAUCCCCAACUCCAAGCACAAAAAAAUCAUCUUCUUCUAGACCAAAGCCUAGAAAGGCCAAUUACUGACGGAAGUACUGGUUCCAGACUUCCUGUUACAUGAGAUUAUCUGCACUGGUGCUUUAGCAUCUUAGUCCUCUAAGGACUCCAUGAUGAUUUUAAUGUUUUUCUCAAAACUCUGGUAUUUGUCACACCUAGAAGGAAUGCAGCUUGUUUCAUACUUGCCUUUGACUAAAUUUUGAGACCUCUUCAGGAAUUUUGACUUCUUGGCUAGUUGGCAGAAGAAAAGUGCAUAAGCCUUAAGCAUCUACUGGAUAGGGAAGCUGCUUUCAGAGAGAGAAAACCUUUCCAAGAGAGCUUUGAUGGUUUCACAUUGAAGCCUAAAGUUGCUAAGGCUUAGGUUGUUUCUUACGUCUGGUUUUAAGUAGAUGAAACAACCAGAAACUUUGGACUUGUGACACUCCACCAUGAAGGACACAGUGAUAGCAGGAGUAGUGGAAUAAUUUGUGCUUGUAAACAUUUCAGCUUCUGCGGAUUUUGGUGAGUGUUCAUUAAACUGUUUUCCAACUUGC